AUGCCUUGUUCCAAGAUACGACUGGCCAGCCGGACCAAAGGCCGAGCUGAGGUGAACAUCGACGGCCACUAUGAAAGCAAAAUCUACACAAGCGGCUCGCGAAUCUCUGGCGAAGUAGUCAUCUACCCUUCCGAAGAUAUCCAAUCCCCUUGUGUGCAGGUCAGCCUGAUUGGCACAGCCAAGACCAUGAUGGAAACAGUCCCUGCUCCCCGGGUCACCACCUGCACCUUUCUAGCCAUGGACUCGCCUCUGAGCGAUCAAUACGAUUCCUUCGAGGCUGGCUGCGCCCGCGCCAUCCCAUUUGAUUUUAUUAUCCCGCACGAAAUCCCGGUCACAGAGUCAACAGUCAACAGACCUACGGGGGUUAUGAGGUCAUAUCAGCAGAAACUACCCCCAUCGCUUGGGGGUGGAUGGGAGGCGCGAGAUAUGUCUCCCCUGUGCUGUAGGAUUCGAUACGAGAUCAAGGCUGUAGUUACCAAGAAGGCGGGAGAUGGCAAAAUAAUCGCCGAGAUUGCUGCCAGCCGAGCCAUCACCAUCCUUCCAUCACACCCAGAGGAGCCGCCGUCAGGAUUGGGCGAAGAAAACGUUGUAUACACUCUCAAGAAGAGGAAGACUCACCGGGGGCCACUGUUUAAGAAGCUUGGAUACGUCACGGCGACAUUGGCUGAGCCGGAAGCGUUAAGGGUAGACCCUCGGGGCGGUAUCGUCCCGUAUCACGAACACAAUCUCUAUGUCAAUAUUGGCUAUGAGCUUUUGAAGACAAACAGGCUGGCAGACACAAAACCUCUAGAAGUCAGCAUUGUCUCGGGCAAGAUUGAGUCACAAACCUGGUUCAGCGACACAGGAAUGACCAAACUACCAAAUAUGAUCCCGCCGCGAACCGCAGCCAUUGCAUACCAGCCUUUAUGCUAUACAACCUCAGUACCUAUUGAUUUCGAAGAGGUUCUUCAGAAACCGUGGGUUUCUGAACAGAAGGAGGAGGGCAACGGAUCCAGCCUCCGCACGAGCCUGAAGGUCUCUGUCGCCUCCAAAGCUGGCGAUGUGCUCAUGUUACCGACGUUUUACUCGAGAAUCAUUGCCCGGACAUAUACUGUUCGUCUUACAGUCAACGUGGGCGGUGUCGGGGGUGUCAAUUUCAACUUGUCUGCCCCGUUACAGGUGGUUGUGCAACCUUCGGGCGUAAAAUUGAUGUCUGAUUGUGUGCUGGAAGAAGAGCUUCCGAGUUUUGACUCGGUUGCUCAUGCACGGUACGAGUUCGUGUAG